GAACAGUUAUCUCUCAGCCCUCCAAGUCCAGAACUACCAUAUCCAUUGAUACAAAAUGAAAGGGAUACUAGCGGUUUUCUGUGUGAUCCUUAGUGGGACCCAGGGACAGUAUGUCCCCCAAGGAAUACUACCGUCGCAAACUUCCUCGUGUAAAUACGAGUUUACAGUUCCUGAUACAGGUGCGUGUUCAAUGUCAUCUAGUAAUUUAGACAAAAAGGUCGACCAGGUAAAACAGGACUUGGACAAGACGCGACUACAAUACGUGGCCCAAAAUAGUGUUGUCCAGAGCACACUAGCACAGGUCCAGUCCGACACUGCUACAUACGUAUCUAAGGUUAAUGAUCUUACCAACCAGUUUCAACGACUCCAACAGUCGGUGAGCACGGCGCCUUCUGGUGGCAGUGCAGCAGCCGGUGGUAACUCUCAGUACCUUAACCAGCUUGUUCAUGAUACAAAAGACCUUCUCACAAAGGCCGUUCAAGAUAUUAACAAUAAAAUCUUCAACCUCACCUACCAGUUCCAGAGGGGUUCCGUGGAACAAUCUAAGGUGGAUACAGCCAUUGAGAAGCAAAUUAACCAACAGGCGGUUGAUAUCGCAAAAACAGAACAAAGAAUUAUCAACCUUGAGAAUCAAAUCAAAUCUCUUCAGGCAAACGCCGGUAAGACGCCAACUGGACCUGCUGUGACGUCACCGCCAGCAUCUGUGUCAGCAGGAGGUCCAACAAGUGCGCAACUUACGCAACUGAAGCAGCAGUACCAACAACUAGAAAAGGACGUUCAACAGCAAAACCAACUACAGACCACACAGUUCCAGAGUCUGAACACGAAGACAAACCAGAUUCUUGGACAAGUGACCAACCAGAGUAAUGAAAUCAACACCAUCAGACUCGCAACACAGGGCGCCAUGUCACGUGUUCUGGCGGCUGAGACAAAGGUCAAUAGUGUCAAGUCAGACCUGGACACCUUGAAACAAAAGAUUGAACCCCAGAUGGUAGUGGUGGCACAGGAGGUCGCUACACUCCAAAUCAACGUCACAAAGGUGGAGCAUGACCUUCAGCAGCUGGGAACACAACUCAUGACCAACAACGUCAACUUUGUAACGGACCACGCCAAGGUCCAAGCUAUCACUACCCAAGCCAAACUGCUAGCCGAUCAGCUUACCAAGCUUGAGAAGCAAAUAACAGCCCAGUCCGGAGAGCUUUUAAAACUAACCAACGACGUGAAUACCUUGACCGCUGCGCCAUCUCUGUCCGCUAACACGACACUCUCCAGUGCCGCUCUACAAAAGGCUGUCCAGCAGUUCGAGUCGCGUGUUCAGACUUCCCUGAACAAGACACAAUCCGACAUCAGCCAGUUGCAGUCGGUCACACAAGUCCUUAUGCAACAGGUCACUGCUGUACAGGUCGGAUCUGGGUAGUAACAUCCGGGCUAUUCUCAUGUGGACUUCCGGUUGAACAUGUGUAAAGAUUGAAAAAACACAAUACAAAUGAUCAAUUUAGGAGCUAUAUUGAAUUAUAUGUUUUAAGGUGUUGAUUAAACAUGUAAACGGAAGUAAAUAAAUUGAGUUAUUUAUUUGAAUCUCUUAUUUUAGUUUCAUGAAUCAGAAUUAAAUGCUUUGUGUGAUUGAUUUUAUUUUAAGUUCCAAACUGCUGCAUUCAAUCUAUUGGCUUUGUGGUAUGCGUUAGCGGUGAAUUUUUUUUAACUAUUUAUCAUUAUUUUGUUAAAUGAUAUGGUGCAUCAACAGUGCUGAAAAUAUACAUACUUGUAUAUCCUAUUGUGUUUCAAAUUAUAUUGCUGUAAUUAUUGAUAUUGUUUCUCUUAAACUUGUUUAUUUUUUUCGUUACUGCAGGACAGUUUUCAUCAACAGACAUGUUUUGAAAUUUAAACAAAAACAAAAACCCUGAAAAGUGAUUGCUUUUUACACCAGUCAAAUAAAAGAUAUCUUUACGUGUUGAUGAGAUAAUAAAAUCAGAAAUGUGUU